CGUUUUUGUCUUCAGUGCUGCUUCCCACCUCUGGAGUCACUUCUCUACAAACUGAAGCUUUGAAAAAAGGUCUGAAGCUUUGGUUGUGUUCCAGAGGGACUCUACAAGCCAGCAAACUCACCAGUGCUGCCAGGAACCUGAUGUACCUGAAGUCACACGUAUGUAUCUGAUGGCUUUGACCAUUUAACAACUCCCUUCUCAUUCUUUUCUUUCCUUUUCUAAUAAACCUUUCGUUUCCGAUACCGACGGGUAGGCUGGCAGCGUGGUAUUUCGGGUAAGAUCCACACUAGUGUUGAUCUGGAAAUGUGGCUGGCCCUUUGGGGAUUACAGGAACGUUUUGUAUAGUGAGCAGAGUUUUAAAUAACUUCUCACUGUACUGGACCUAGGUGCUGAUUGGGAGGCAGAGGCUGGGAUGCAGUAAAGGGGGAUGGGUGAUUUCUGGUUUUGGCUUCUUGAUAAUGAGCGUGGUGGGGAUCAGGAGCAGAGUUGUGACUGGUUGCUGAGUUGAACUUCCGUUACCCACCAGUUUGGGGAGAACUGGCUCUGCUUUGCAGCCUGCCCUGGCUUUGGCAGUGUCCGCGAGGGCUGCCCCAGGCUCCUUGGGUCACAGGAGGACCCUCAGGAAUCGGGCUCCCAGCAGAAAGCACCAAGGGGACCUCACUUUUUGGACUGCCAGUGGAAAGAGACGCGUGGUCAGACACGUUUGACUCUGUGUGGGGCUGGUUACAGAAACCUUAUAUCCCAGGAGCCACUGUAGGAGUUAUCCUAGCCUGGGCGUGCCAGCAAACCCGGGGAGCCCCUGGCCCAUCAGCACCUUAAGGCCCAAUGAGCAGCACUUCAGCUUACCUCUCCCACCUGCUUCCCUGCCUAAGGUGCCUUCACAUGGUCCUCUCGCUCCGCCUCUGCCGUGUGCUGGGAUCUAUCUAUAGCUGGUCACUGACCGCACUCCUCACAGCACUGCCCAGGUCACACGGCUUCUUUUCAUUUUGUCUUGCUGACCUGCCAGCGGCUUGGGCUGGAGAUUGAAUUUCAGUGAGACAGACACAAAAUAACCGAAGUGCCCGCUCACUUCUGGGAACUGCCAGCAAGGAGAGACCCAACGCAGCUCAGGUUGCAGCCCCGGCCUGCUGCGAGGGGAUAUAAAGACAGGGCCUGACGGGUGGCCCCAGACUAAGUGCCUGGGAGACUCAAUUGGCUUCUGCAGGCGGCUUCUACUCCAAGUGAUGAUGGGGAAAAUCGGCUUCUCCCUGAUCCUCGCCCUGGCUCUGGUGACCCUCAGCACCUCUUCAGAGAGAAAGUGUGACCUGUCCGGACUGUGGCGGAAUGAGCUGGGCUCACUGAUGGAAAUAGAUAAAGUUAACGAUGCAGGAGAAUUUUCCGGCAAUUACCUCACAGUUGUGACGGCCACCAGCAACUGUAUCCGCAGCUCGCCCCUGAAGGGAGCCCAGCAUGACACGACACAGAGGAGCCAGCCGACCUUCGGCUUCACUGUGAACUGGGAGACGUUCUCGAACUCGACAACCGUCUUCGUAGGCCAGUGCUUCAUUGGUGAUAAAGGGAAGGAAACUCUGAAGACCAUGUGGCUGCUGCGUGAGAAGGUUGGAUCCCCUGGAGAUGGCUGGAGAGCGACCAGGGUCGGCACAAACGUUUUCACCCGGAAACGAAAUCUAGAGCCAGGGAAAAUCAUUCAGCAGCACUCUCCACCCUGUGAUACUCCAGUUCCACCAGCACCAGCACAGUGAACACGCCCUCCAGCUCCACGGCUCCUGUGCCCACCCGGUCUGGAAUUGUCCUGGGCACUCUCAAGUGUGUCUCGCCCAGCAGAGUCACCCGUCUCUGUCUCCACCUCCCCCUUGCUCGCUGGUUACCCCUCCCAGAAUCACUGCCCAUGCCCCCAAUGCUGCAGUUUAGUUCAUUUCUCAGCAAUGCUCUAGUGCUGGAGGCAAAUGAGUGUCUUGUGUUUUUAUCGCUCUUGGCUUUUUCAGUCAUGGCGUCCACCUGCCCCUCUCCUACUUCCCUGGAUGAUC